UUGACGGCAGCGACGGCAGAACAGAAGCAAAUACAUGUGGAAUAAGAAAAUAUUAAUAAUUUGAUACAUAAAAGCACUAAAAACGGUAUUUGAUAUCAUACAUCGCUUAAGAAAAUAUCUGCUAUUAAUUGCUGAGAUUCAAAUUAAUAUACAUGUAGACAGACGAUGGACCGAAUUCAAGACCUGUCAGCCUUCCAAGGCGCGAUUUUAUCAGCAGACAAUUUCUAUUCCUUUUCAAAGUUGAUUUCAAGAGGAGGAAAUGAGGAAAAAGUGAAAUAUGUUCUGGAGAAACUUUCCAAAUUCUUGAAUGACAAAAACUAUAUCAAUGAGAAUGGAGUGGUCCAAGAAAGACUGGAGGAAUAUAGAAAACUAGCAUUAUACAUUGCUUUAAAUGCAGACCUUCCAAUUCUGGAAGAGAUGACUGAGAUGGAAGGCAUGCAGAUGGUUAUUUGGAUGAUCCCCACUGUGCCCAAGUAUCUUUUAUAUGAGAUAUUCUUUAAUCUCCACAUGCAGCAAUUUCUAUAUGAAAUAAUAUCAUUUUCGGACCCUCAUCUGGCCUUGCAAAUAGUGGAUGCAUUUAUUAUCAAUAUGAAGUAUUUAAACCCCGUGGAUGAGCUUGACAGGGUCCGCAUAGUUGCCGCAGCUCUCUACAAGCUGAUAUGUAGACUGCAUUUUUACCAUGAUGGUAGUGAUGGGGAAUUGUUAACAGAUGCCUUAAAUAACUUCCAGCUGUGUAUCAAUAAGUUUACAAACCCUCCUAACGCAGACAGGGUUCUGAAUAUGCCCAAAGAUGAUCAAUACAAAUACUUAGGACGAAGCCUUAGUAUCAUGCUGAACCUGAUUGAGGAAUGCAUGCUUCAGUUUACAAGUAAGCAAGAGUUUGAAGCUGAAGGGUUUAAUGAGAUUUAUCUGGGUACACACCAUCCUGAGAGUAUUGCAACAAGAAUAUUGAACUUCAGAAUCUGUGAUAGCCCAAAUGAUGCAAUAUUGCAGUGCCUAAAUAAAUGCCAUGCAUUAUUGCUGGAUGACUGCACAACUCAAGUCAUGAGCGUUAGUGUUGACAUAUUCUGUGCUUGGAGUGAAUAUGAAGAGAAUGGGAAAAGCAUACAACAAAGCAUUGGAGAGCUCUGCUUUAAACUGCGCUCAAUACUUCAGGGCAUUCCUAAUAUUUCUGAGCAUAGUCUUGUUGGUAUGCUAAAACAGAUAUCCAGAGAACCUUUAAAUCACAAAGAUAUCAUCAAUGAAACUGAUAUUGAAGUUAUUGUAGAGAAAAUCAAUGCUCAUGAUGAAGAAAGCCCUUCUUGGCUUAGUGCACUGCUGUAUAAAGAUGAUUUAUGCCAAAAUUUAACACUACUGCUCCUUCUUGAAUCAAACAUAGCACUGUUAAAAGAGGAACAAAGUCAAACAUUAUUUGAAAAGAUCAUUGAUCAUCUGCAUGAUGACCAGGAAAACAGUGAAUAUUUAAAAAUUCUGGCCAUAAAAUCAUUCCAUCAAUGCAACAAUACUGUUAAAGAUGAAAUCAUUACAAACCAAUUCAGUGACAACCUGCAUGACAAAAUGGAAAAUGGAGAUUUCACAACCAUGAUGACUGAGAUAUUCAACAAGCUCACUGUCUCUGAUGAUGCCGAUCCGUCAGAUAUCUUGACAGUAUUCCUGCAGAACCCUAAGCAAACAUUUAUGAAAAUAUUUAAAUUAGCAGCAGAGAACGAGAAACAGACUGAUAUUAUGUUACGAGUAAUGGACAGUUUAGAAAAAUAUUGCAAUUUUUACUACAGGCAAGACACAGAACCAUGCAGCAUUAAAGUCUGUAAUAAUGUACUGGAGACUUCUUUAGACACUGACAUGAAGCAGACUAAUUUCGUAAAUUUUAUCAGUAAGCUCAAACAACGGAAUAUAAUUCCAGGCAAUAAAUUAUUAAUGUUAAUAAUAAUGCCAAAUUUGCACAAAGGAUUAGUAAACAAGCAUGUUGUUGGGAUGAAUGUACAAAUUAAAUUAUUGAUGGCAGCUUAUACUAUCGAGGAUUUACUGGAAUUCAGGGCGCCAAUGUUGGCUAUGUUGGCUCAAGUCCUAGAAAUUGUAAGGUGGAAGUUUACUUCCUUUGAAGCAGCCAUGCCACCAACCUUGGAGUUGGCUUUGCAGUUGCAACAUGAGAUCUUUAACACUUAUGAAGCUGAGAUACCUGAGAAAGAACUAAAGUGGUUAAAGAGCAAAUUGAAGAAUUUGCAGCCUCUGAACAUGUACUACUACAGGAAGCUCUGGGACCCUCCGGGCAGCAGUUUCAUUGAGGUCAUCACUGGACUUCGCAUAAGAAAGGAGAUAGAUGUGGAUCAAAUCACAUCCAUGCUGUUACAAGUAUUAUGCUCCAUUACUUAUCAAGAAAUGUCAGAAAUAUAUGAUGGCUUGUCGGUAUUUGGAGAUGACACAACCCUGGAAAUACUACAGGAUGCUGUUUUACUGGUCACAGUAGCAGAGAAGUCAAACAGGACAGAUAUUUCGUGGGCAUGUCUGCUCAAUUGCUACAGGAACUUCAUUAUUACUAUAAAGAACAAAUAUUUCAGGGAACCUCUCACCAACGAUCAAGUAAUGAACAUCGUGCGAAAACUAGUGAGGAUUGUCAAUAUAGUUGACGAAAAAUACGUGAACGAAUUCGCAGCAAUUUUAAUGCCAUUGCUGUCUUACAUUGCUGAGAAAAGAAGUGAUUACUCCACAGAUAUUGCCAAUUAUAUACAAGAGAAAGUGAAAAAGUCACAGUUUUCUUCAAUACUCAAUCAAGUUUUCAUUAGCUCUACUGUAUAAUUUUUUCGCACAAUACCUUAGUUUGAUGUUUACCACUUUGCAGUAUUUAAUUGAUUCCCGUUUAGUGAUAUGUUACUCAUUUUUACGUUAACGCUUUGUUUACAUUUGGAAGAAUAAGUUUUAAUAACAAAACUUCUGUGAGACACAGACAUAUUAAAUAUAUUAAAUUGCGUCAUUCAUAUCGAUGAUUGCUCUAUAUAUUUCGCGCCAUAAUGAGGAGCUUCUUCAACGGGAACACGCGUUGACGGACCGACGCAGACUGCAGGCUGCAGCCUCCGCGACCGAUUACUCGGCGCGAGCCACGGCGGCGGCAGGGGAGGACAAACUACCCUCGUUUUCGGUACUAUUGUCAAAUGAUGGGUUGCACACAACACUCACUUCAUUCGAAUCUUACUACUACGCUAUGGUUUAAUAUAUUUAAUAUGGAGGAACAAGUAGUGAAAAUACAUUGUUAAGUUUGAUUCUUGUUUGAAGCUGUGAAAACUUUAUGCUUGACUGCAUAAGGAGAUACCGCUUUUUGUAUUGGCAUGGUAGCGUGUAACGGGAAAGCGGGAAUGUAAUGUAGACACGCUGCUAUUGAUUGCUUUUAUUAGAGAAUAAACAUACAAGUAUGCGACUAAAAUCUAGCUCCGCGGAUGAUCAAAGUAUGUGGAUAACCUGAAGUAGUCAUAUGACAUGACGCAAAUGUCAUACAUAUGAUCUAAUACAUUUUAGACUGUACUAUGUAGACAAUACAAGGUUUUUUUUUUCGUUUUUAUAUUUUUAUAAAACUUAAUGGAGAACAAGGUAUUGCCGAAAUGCCUAGAAUCUCACAGAUGAUUCAUAGCUUUGCUACUAUCUGAUUUGAUUGACUAUGUUUUGGGAUUCACUGAAUAGGAGAUACUAGAUUAGUAAGUUAUUUGAUUUCCAGUCUUUCUCCAUGCUUGACUGAUAUCAGAGUAUAAAGUUUUUAACAAUUUUGUUCGUAUUUAAUAUGUUCGAAUAAAUCUUGAAGAAAUGGC